CAGGUCGCACAGACAAAGAAAGAGAGAGAGAGAGAGCUGGGGGAAAAGAUUGUGUGAUUUUGGUUUGUGGAGUUUUUUUGCUGCUCGGUCAUUAAGCUUUGAGACCUUGUCUUUGGGAAUCAAGACAUCAGAAACAACGCAUCUUAAUUACCAAAAGACGUUUAAAAAAAGAAGAGGAUUUUGGAUUGUUCUUACAAAGCUGUAAAGAGCAGGAAAAAAAACAUGUGUACUGGAAAGUGUGCCCAAUGCAUUGGGAUCACGCUGUAUCCCUUAGCACUCAUCUCUGUCAUUUGCAAUAUUAUACUUUUUUUCCCUGACUGGAAAACACAGUAUGCAAAAGAUGAACGGGACGGCCUUGGAAACCGUAUCACAGAGGAAGUGAAGUACAUGGGAGGGGUCAUUGGCGGGGGUAUCAUGGUGCUGAUCCCAGCGAUUCACAUUCACCUCACAGGAAAGCAAGGUUGCUGUGCCAACCGCUGCGGGAUGUUCUUGUCUGUUGCAUUUGCUGGAGUUGGGGUGGCAGGGGCACUAUACAGUUUCAUUGUUGCAGUAUUGGGCCUGACCAAUGGUCCCACCUGUUUCACUAUUACAGGGUGGACUGCACCAUUCAGAGAGUGGGAGAAUAGUUACCUGAACAAGCCGGAUUCCUGGAAAUUGUGCUUGGCGCCUGAGAACGUGGUGGAGUUCAACCUGGGCCUGUUCGCCACAUUGUUGGUGGCCAGCAGUCUGCAGCUUGUAUUGUGUGCCUUCCAGAUGGUCAAUGGACUGUUUGGCUGCCUGUGUGGGACCUGUCGGGACAAAACGAUGACGGUAUGAACAAUACACACCCGUGGAGGGGCUCUGGAUUGAAGUUCUACAUAGCAUGUUGCUGACGGACUGGCACCCCCUACUGGAGAGACAGAGGCACCUCCAUUACAAUCUUUGUACCUUUGACAAUUGUUGAUUUUUUAAUAAGAUGGUAUUUAUUUCAUCAUAGAGCAGCAUUUCUUAAACUAUGAGUCGUGGCCCAGGUUGCAGGAGUGCAUGAGCUGGGUCCCAGAAUGAGUCAGUAUCCCGUUGGCUAUGCUGGUAUGUGAAUUCAAUGGGUCCCUGAAAGGUAAUACAUUUAUACAUUUAUAAUUUGGGCUCACGAUAUUAAAAUGUAUUUCCAAUUUGGGUCCCGAUAUGAAAAGGAUGAGGAUGCUUUAUUAUAUGGUUGUACUUAUCUCUUCAUUUUUGAGGCAGGAAUUUAUUAUUUUGAUUCCUUUAUGUUGCUGUUUUUAUAUAUCAGAUUGUCAGUUAAAUCUACUCUUACAUAAAUAUAAUAUACUACAAUAGGUUAUUUGUAUGGACUUUUUGGAAAGUAUGUCAUAUUUAUAUAUGACAUGUGAAAUAUAGAUUGUCACAUCUUUCACAGCAAUAAAGUUUUUAUUUAGAAAACGUGAAAAAAUCUAACAGCUAUGUUUUGUAUAUUUGCUCAUAUAUUGUUGUGUAUCGCAAUGAUUUACUCCGCUCUUGACAAUUUAAUUUCAGUAUAUCACAGUAUAUAAAAUUUCUAAAACGAUUUAUCUUUUGCAUUUUUGUAUGCCUUUCCCCCCCAAUAUAAUAAAGGAGUUUCCAUUCA